CGGCCAGAGCAUACAUCGCCACUGACAGGAUUUCCUUCCGCAUCAAUGACCCGGCCUGUAGCUGGCUCAGGGGGAGAGACAGGAGUGCAGAUUAUCAUUCUCAGCACCGUUCUCAGCACUCGCCACGAGGCAUUUAGUGAUAAAAUGUGUGUUUUCUUUUAUGCAGAGGGCCGAGAAAGGUGUUAUAGUUUCUGUCUCGAAGAGAAGAGGGUGUUAAUGUACGCUGAGGGAAAAGUCUGUCUCUGCGGCCUCUUUGUGCUGCUUUUAUGAUAAUUUAAGUAAUUUAUCAAGUAAAAAUCUUAAAUAUCUAUUGCUUUCAGCUUGUCAUAAGCUCAGACUCGAUACUUAUGGGCAUUUUUCACUUGGCUAUCUUCGGACAUUUAUGGACUGGAGAAUCAAUUGACUAAUUGUAAAGAUAAUUUAGAGGUUAAAAAAAUAGUUUGCAACGUUUGCAGAAAUCUUUACUCUCUUAGAAGGUCGAUAUCACUCUUAUAUCUGUCUGUUCAGCUACAGCCAGGAGAUGAUUAGCUUAGCUUAGCUUAGCAUGAAGACUGGAAACAGGAUGAAACAGCUAGCCUGGCUCUGUCCAAAGCAUGGUCCAAAGGCUACGCAGGGAGGGAUUCACGGUGCAGGUCAGCGUCAACGACUACCUGGACAUCUACUGCCCACACUAUAACAGCAGCCAGCGGGGGACGCUUGAGCGCACCGUGGCCGAGCAGUACAUCCUAUACAUGGUCAGCUACCGUGGCUACCGCACCUGCGACCCCCAGAUGGGCUUCAAGCGCUGGGAGUGCAACCGCCCCCAUGCGCCUCAUGCUCCCAUCAAGUUCUCUGAGAAGUUCCAGCGCUACAGCGCCUUCUCACUGGGCUAUGAGUUCAACGUGGGCCAGGAGUACUACUAUAUCUCCACGCCCACCCACCACCACGGCCACAGCUGCCUGAGACUGCGAGUCUACGUGUGCUGCUCCACAGUCUCCCAGGCAGAUGAUGACUCCAGUCAGACUUCUCCCGACUACACAGUCAGGCCAAACAUCAAAAUACACAACAUUGAUGAAUUUAACCCUGAAGUUCCCAAACUGGAGAAAAGCGUCAGUGGCAGCAGCCCAUCACGCGACCGCCUUCUUCUCACAGUGGCAAUGCUGCUCAUGUCUGCCGUGCUCUUGUCCUAGCGACUGUCACCGUGAGUGACACUUCAUGCAUACCUGGACUGCCUCGUCCAAAGGGCUUUGUAUCCACCAAGUUGUUGAUGUGAAAGUUGGCAGAAACACGGAAGAGAAUCAAGUAGAGGUGAUGCAGAACCAAUAAAGAGGACACAGAAAAAAAUCUUGAACUCAACUGGACUUUAAAUAGGAGAGGCCUUUUUGCUGUCAUAUUUACACCAGUGUAUUUUGACACGCCAUCUGUUGUUGGACAUUAUUAUCAUAUGAAUACCACAGCAUUUCAUGCAGGUGUGUUUGCCACAACAUGGAGACCACAACCAAUAUUCAGAAUCCAACUUCUGUGCUGCUGUCAUGCCUGACACCCAACAGGCGAGUGCGAAAGUGGACUUGUAAUGAGUUGGAUGUAAACUAUACACUCGUAUUGUAGCCUGGAUAUCAAUUCACCUGAAGAAUUUAAGCUGCACUGUCUUCGGCUGAUGAAAGCAAGUUUUUCAUAGCUGUAAGCUUUGAAGAAGGUGGCAAACGUGGACUUUACAUGACUUGGACAUUUGGACCACGGACCAAGUAUGCUAAUGGCUAAAACUCAGAUGUAGUGAAGAGCAAGCUGGACUCUGGAACUGUACGGAUCUUACCUUGGCUAUACAGGAUAUUUAUCGAAUCAGUCAGUGAUGAGAACUGCUGCCAUUGUCCUGGACAAUGAGGAAUGUUUUCACAGUGGUGUGAGUGAGCUGCUGGUAAUGAGAACCCAAGAUGUUUAAGAAAAGCGAAAGACUGAGUGAGGAUAUAUGCUGGCCUUUCAAGAAUCCAUUUUCUCCAGACAUCUAAAUACCCCUGGUUUUGUGAUAGGUACAGAUGCAAAGCCUGCGUUUCUUACAGGAUAGCAAGUACCCUCUUAGAACUAGUCCUUUGUCUGCAUUUCCUGCCUUCACACUGAAACGCCCCUAGAAAAAUACAGACCCUGGACUAGUAAUUUGGCGGCACUUAGGCUUGGUAGAUGUGUGUUUUGUUCCAAAGCAUUUACCUUCAGCACCUCGUGUAGAUUUUCCGGAUGUCAAACCUUUCUCCUCAUAGCAAUCAGCAGAGUCAUUCAGAAUAACACUAAUUUACAAUUCUUAAAAACCCUUUCUCUGCAGCAAGUUCCCUUUUAAUCCCAGACAACCCUGUCUAGUCUUUUUCCACUUCAGAGGCUCCCAGCCAAUCAGUGCUGAUGGCCAUUACAGCAGUCACAGUCACCAUGGAAACGACCCCAUACAGUCGCCAGAGUGCGGCAGGUGCCUGAGGAGAAAUUGUGCUUUGAGUCUCAAAGUAAAGCUGCCGCCAUUUUGUUAAUAAAAAAAAUUUUAAAAAAAAAAACACGUGUGAAUGUGCAACUAAAGAGUUCACUUUUUUAUAUUGUAAUACAGGACAACGUAGGCUGGCAUUUAUCAAAUUACAAUGUUGUGCUUUUUUAAUUGAUUUACAUUUAAAAUGUAUUUAUUUUAACAUUAAAGUAUAUUAUUUAUCUACCUAAUUUAUUAGUGUGCAUUUUUAGGUCUAUGUCUUUGCUCAAUAAGCUAUUGUGCCAUUUUUUUAUUCUUUUUUUUUAAACAGUGGAAUUUUUACUGCAGCAUUUUGCUUAUGUAGAUAAAUAGUCAGAUGUAAUACAGCCUGACAAAAAGAGAGGGUUAUUGGUUAUGGCUAAUCAGUAGGGAUGUACACUCCGUAACCCUACUCUUAUGUAACAGACACUGCUAACCAGAUUAUGUUGCUGAAGAGCAUGUCAUAAACCAACUGUGAAUGCACAGACAGCCGAUGUUGAUGGAAGGGCAGCAUUCCUCAAGUGCUGCACUUGCGAAAAGAAACAGUCUGCAUUGUACUGUAUAUUUAUAAUACAUGCCGGAUAUGGAAUGUGCGUGUGUUUGAGUCUGUGUGCGUGUGUGGCUUUAGCUGGCUGCUUUCCUGCGUGUGUGCGUGUGCGUGCGUGUGU